AUGCCGCGACGUCCACCUGCCGUGGAUGACUAUGCAUCUGCGGUGCCUCAUGUCAUCCUCGCGUCUUCCGAUGCCGAGUUCCUCGACCAGCUCAUCCCCGUCCUUAAGGAUGCUGCGCACUCGAACCGGACUCCUCUCCUGAAUCAGUGCUUGGUCCGCUAUCACCAGGAUCGUGAAGCCGAGAUCGAACGUAUUGGCUUAACCCGCCAUGAGGAGUUCCUUGACUCGAUCAACCACCUUCAGAAUGUCCGCGAGGAGACAGUAACUCUGACCCAUGACAUCCUGAACCUCAACGAGUCGAUCGCCGAUAGUACAAAGAAGCUGGCAACCCAGAAAGAAGCCCUCGUGAAUACAUCCUCCGUUCGCCAGAACAUCGCCGAUGCCACCAAUGCCUUGAACGACUCCCUGACCAUCCUCCGUGCUGUCAACAAUGCGCACGACCUCAUCCGUCGCAAAAAGUACUAUCCUGCUCUAAAAUCGCUCGAAGAUCUACAAAAUGAACACCUCGUACCCAUCAUCCAAAACCGCUACUCCACUCAACAUCGGCUGGCCGAUGUCAUCCAAAAAUCUAUCCCCGCCUCCCAGAAGGCCAUCUCCGAGGCUGUAAUGACGGAUCUCAACACAUGGCUGUUCCGUAUACGAGAGACGUCCCAGUUCCUCGGCGAAGUGGCAUUCUACCACACUGAGAUGAGGAGGACACGGCAAAAGAAGAGGAUAGAGGAGGACCCAUUCCUGGCCAACUUUAAGCUGAACUCGGCCAUUGAACUUGUCAGCGACGAGAACGAGGACUUUGACGUGUUGGACAAUGAAGAGUUGCAGGUUGACUUUACGCCUUUGUUCGAGGCCCUCCAUAUCCAUGAGGCCCUUGGCCAGCUCGAAAAGUUCCGCUCAGAAUAUGGUGCAACCCGACGGCAGCAAAAGGACCUGUUGCUUCCCAGCUCGAUUGAGCUACUAGCGGAGGAUGAGUCGUCCCUGAGCAGCUUGCUAGAGGGAAUAUCGGGGUUCGCCAUUAUCGAAAAGGCAACAAUGCGACGAGUGCCGCAUCUACGAUCUGCAGCUGACGUCGAGGAGUUAUGGGAGUCUAUGUGCACUGCGGUCAUCAACUUGACCUCGAAGUCUCUGAAUGAUGUUACUGACGCGGAGGCACUGAUAAAGAUCAAGACCAUCAUUGCCCUCUUCAUCCAAACAAUGGAGGGCUGGGGAUACACAGUGGCCAUGCUAGACAACUUCCUCCUCAAGCUGUUCGACAAGUACGCUGAGCUCUUGAAACGACGGUUCAGUGUGGACUUCCAGGAGAUCGUGUCUACCGAUGACUAUAUGCCCAUGGCCAUCAACACACCCGAGGAGUACGAGAAAGUGGUCAAUGUCAGCUGGUUCACUCAGGAAAAGCCAGCAGACCAGCUCACAUUCCCCUGCGUGCUCCCCUUCUCCCAGAUGUACCCCCUGUGCUGCAUAGAUAUCCGGAAUUUCCUAAACCAAUUCUACUUCUUUUCCGACGAUCACUUCCAACACCCCAAUGUUAUUGAUGAGACACUCAAAAAGUCCUUGGACGAACUUCUUACAGAAAAGGUCUGUAAGUCGUUGGUUGAGCGUCUGAGCUCCCAAUACUUGGGCCAGAUCGUGCAGAUCCUCAUCAACCUAGAGCACUUUGAGAUUGCCUGUCAAGAGCUCGAGCAGCUGCUCAUCCGGGCACGCUCCUCGACCUCAGCAGGUGGUCCGGUGAAACUGAAUGCCACCGAGUCCUUCAGGAAUAAUAAGAAGACUGCUGAAAAGCGAAUCUUCGAGCUCGUCAACUCCAAGAUUGACGAUCUCGUUGAUACUGCGGAAUACGAAUGGACGGCAACGACGGUUGAACCGGAGCCAAGCAACUACAUGCAGACGCUGACUCGGUACUUGUCUAACAUCAUGAACUCGACCCUACUUGGUCUCCCUAGAGAGAUCAAGGAGCUCAUCUACUUUGACGCACUGAGCCACACAGCCAACAAGAUUCUGGCCCUUCCGCUUUCACCCGAUGUCAAGCACAUCAACCCCAACGGUGUGGCAGCCCUCGCACAAGAUGUAGAAUAUCUUGUACAGUUCGUCGACAGCCUCGAGAACGGACAGAUGCUGCGGGAGAACCUGGACGAACUCCAACAGACCAUCAACCUUCUCCAGACGGACAACCAGGACGAGUUCUUUGACAUUUCUACACGCAACAAGAAGUAUGGACGCGUGGACGCCCUUAACGGGCCUAUGCUUCUAGAAAAGUACGAUUUCCCUGAAAAUCUUGCAAUCACAAGUUACCCAAGUUACUGA